AUGUACUUCAAGGAGAGAGAGGCAGAGAUGGAGUUACAGAUAAGGACUAAGGAUGACAAUGAGCAAUGCACUGAACCACUGCUCUCUGUGCAGCGUUAUUUGAAUACUCCAGGAUUAUAUGACUAUGUUCUGGUAGCUGAGAGAGUAGAUGAUACCGAAGACCAAAACUACAAGAAACAAGUAGCAUUCAUUGAACAGCUAAAAAAGAAAAACAUGAAAGUGACAAUAAUAGAACUGGAUGACAGGUUGUUCUAUGGGAUCCGUGCUCCUGCCGAAAUCUUUGAGAAGUACAAGUACCUUUUGAAGGUGUCUGAUUCCUGCAACUGGAGUGGGGACCAGCAGGGACCUGUUCCACACUCUACCAGGAUCAGGAUUGUCCACUUUUUUUUACAUCACACCUUCAUUAAUUCAGGAGAGGAUCUACGGGAACUGAUGUCAAAGAAUGUCUUUGAGGCCAUAUUUUGUUUGCAUGAGAGGAAGACACAGAAAAUUCUGGAGCAUAAAUGGGCUCGCUGGACUGCUCUCUUCAGGACACAACCGAUUAAUGAUAUUAGGAAAUACUUCGGGGAGAAAGUGGCUCUGUAUUACCUGUGGCUGGGCUGGUACACAUACCUGCUGAUCCCAGCCGCUAUCAUUGGUAUUGUGGUGUUUCUCUAUGGCCUUGCCUUCUUCAACACCAGCCCCCUCAUAAAGGAGGUCUGUACGUCUGACAUUAUCAUGUGCCCGAGAUGUGAUAAACGGUGUCAAGCCAUGAGGCUCUCAGACACCUGUUUUUAUGCUAAGAUGAGUCAGCUGUUUGAUAAUGAGGGAACAGUGGCCUUUGCCAUGUUCAUGGCCAUUUGGGCUACCCUGUUCUUGGAGCUGUGGAAGAGACACAGAGCAUUACAUGUCUCUGAGUGGAAUGUCUUUGACUGGUGUGAAGAUGAGGAGGAGUUGAUUCUGGAGCUUGUUAAUGACCCACAGUGUACAACUAAAGAGUUCAGACACUCUUACCUGCGAAGCACACUGGUCCUUGUGCUGGUCACAUGUGUGCUAGUAGUGAUCAUCGGGUUGACCCAUGCGCUGGUGAUCUGUCGUUUGGUCUCUGCCAUGCUUCUGUCAGAGAGUUCGUGGGAGUUUCUGAGGGACCAUGCCAACACGGUCGCUGUGUUGCUGGGAGCAGUGCUCCACUACAUCACUAUUCAAAUCAUGACAAAGGUCAACAGGAUUGUGGCCUUCAAGAUAUGUGAGAUUGAGAAGACUCGCUCCUUUGCUGCAACGGAAAGAAGUUUUACUGUGAAAAUGUUCACUUUCCAGUUCUUCACCCUCUUCUCCUCCCUCAUCUAUGUCGCCUUCUUUCUAGGAAGGAUUAAUGGCCAUCCAGGAAAUUAUGUUCGGCUAGGAGGAAAAUGGAGACUGGAGGAAUGUCACCCCAGUGGUUGUCUCACUGACCUUUUCAUUCAAAUGGCUGUCAUCCUGGUACUCAAACAAACACUCAACAACAUUUUUGAGUUCACUGUGCCUUGGUUUAAGCGUUGUUUACGAACCACCGCAGCCAAGAAGCUGCGGCGAAAAUGUGGUCAUUGUUACUUAAAAACGUGUGAAAAUGAUGACGGAGCCAGCGAGCCAUGUGACAUCUGUAAACUGAAUGACUGGCUGAGGAACUAUCAGCUGAAUGGCGUUAAUGCCUUUAGCCUUUUCAACGAGUACCUGGAAAUGGUGAUGCAGUUUAGUUUCACCACCAUCUUUGUGGCUGCCUUCCCACUCGCUCCUCUGCUGGCUCUCAUCAACAACAUCUUCGAGAUCCGCCUGGAUGCCAUCAAGAUGUUGAGCCUGGAACGUCGCCUAGUGCCUAAGAAGACCAACGACAUUGGUGUGUGGACUAAAAUUCUGGAGGCAAUCGGUGUGAUGGCGGUCAUUGCUAAUGGGCUGGUGAUUGGCAUUUCCUCAGACUUUAUACCCCGUCUGGUCUACCGCUACCGUUAUGGGCCCUGUGCAAAUGGGACCGUCACUGAUCUCCACUGUAUGACAGGGUACAUCAAUGACACUCUUUCCACGGCAUACAUGACCGAUGCGAACGUUCGGGCUGACUUUAAGGACACCCAGAUGAUCAUAGAGGGCGGGCUUAAUGUGACCCAAUGCAGUUAUAAAGAUUACCGCAGUGAUGAGGACUACACUCUCACCUCGCAGUUCUGGCUGAUUCUGGCUAUCCGCUUUGCUUUCAUCAUCUUGUUUGAGCAUGUGGUGGUCCUCUGUAAGUUCAUUGCCGCCUGGUUUGUGCCAGAUAAUCCCACUAAAGUGAAGAAUACCAGGCUGAAAGACAAACUUCAAAGGCUUAGAAAUGAAUUGCGUGAAAUGAAUGUGCGGUAUGCCAGUUCCACUGAGGUGUGAUGAAGUGGAUGAAUAUCCUCAAAGGCAAUCUCAAAGAAGGACCAAACAUAUCAAAUCAUCAACUGAAUUUUAUUUUUCCUUUGAAUCACCUGAGCGUCCAAGCAUAGAAAUGUGUUGGUUGUAGGAAAAAGACCUUACAGAGUUUCUGGAUUGACUUAAGUGCCCUGCUACAAACUAGCACCAAGAUAACAGACAGUAGUAGAGAUAAGACACUGUACUCCUCUUUCAACAACAACACCAGCUCUCUCUGGACCAAAGAGGUCCCCUGUUGUAUCAUUUUUUGCACUGUAACUAUGCCUUAAAGGGACUGCAGUCUGUCAGCUGGCUCACCUUACUCAUGUUAGACUACCGAAGGAAGGACUCGUUUGAAAAGGGAAGCACAAAUGCUUAACUGUUUUUUUCCUGGUACCUCAGA